AUUAUUGGAAGCAAAUAACGGUCAUUGGCUCUCCACUUUUCAUCCUAUAUAUAGCAAACCAAUGCCCCCUCAAUCUCAAACAACUUCUCAAUAUCUUCUCUUCACACGUUAUCUUCCACUCUUCUCUUCCCCAAUCUCCUUCUUUUCCUUCUGCACAGAAUGGGAAGUACUGGAAAAACUGACUAUGGUGAAUACACCUAUGAGAACCUUGAGAGGGAGCUUUACUGGCCAUCGGAAAAGCUUAAGAUUUCCAUCACUGGAGCUGGGGGUUUUAUCGCAUCGCACAUUGCGCGGCGCCUCAAGACUGAGGGGCACUACAUUAUUGCCUCGGACUGGAAAAAAAAUGAGCACAUGAGUGAGGACAUGUUUUGUGAUGAAUUUCAUCUUGUUGAUCUCAGGGUCAUGGAUAACUGCCUCAAGGUCACUAAGGGGGUUGAUCAUGUUUUCAAUCUCGCUGCUGAUAUGGGUGGGAUGGGUUUUAUUCAGUCCAACCACUCUGUGAUUAUGUACAACAACACAAUGAUUAGUUUCAACAUGAUUGAGGCUGCCAGGAUUAAUGGCAUUAAGAGGUUUUUUUAUGCUUCUAGUGCUUGUAUCUAUCCUGAAUUCAAACAGUUGGAAACUAAUGUGAGCUUGAAGGAGGCUGAUGCAUGGCCAGCUGAGCCACAAGAUGCAUAUGGACUAGAGAAGCUCGCAACAGAGGAGUUAUGCAAGCACUAUAACAAAGAUUUUGGAAUUGAAUGUCGCAUUGGGAGGUUCCAUAACAUAUAUGGCCCUUUUGGAACAUGGAAAGGUGGAAGGGAGAAGGCUCCUGCUGCUUUUUGUCGAAAGACAAUCACUUCUACUGACAGAUUUGAGAUGUGGGGAGAUGGUUUGCAAACGCGAUCAUUCACCUUCAUUGAUGAAUGUGUUGAAGGUGUUCUUAGAUUGACUAAAUCCGACUUCCGUGAGCCAGUAAAUAUUGGAAGUGAUGAGAUGGUCAGCAUGAAUGAGAUGGCUGAGAUUGUUCUCAGCUUUGAGAACAAGAAUAUUCCUAUACAUCACAUUCCUGGACCAGAGGGUGUUCGUGGUCGUAACUCAGAUAAUACACUGAUAAAAGAGAAACUUGGCUGGGCUCCAACAAUGAAAUUGAAGGAUGGGCUGAGGAUUACAUAUUUCUGGAUUAAGGAGCAGCUUGACAAGGAGAAGGCUAAAGGUAUUGAUUUAGCAGUUUAUGGAACAUCCAAGGUGGUGCAAACCCAAGCCCCAGUUCAACUAGGAUCACUUCGUGCUGCAGACGGAAAAGAAUGAAGGGGUUAGUUCAUGGUCUUAGCACUCAUCUAAAUGUUUCAAGUGAAGGGUUGGAUUUUAUUAUUGCCACUUAAGAGGUCACUGGUUAUCGUUAUUUAGCUGUCAAUGUUUUGUAAUGUUGGUGGUUCAUGUGUAGAGUGGUAGUUUGGUGCUCCUGUUGUAUUUUGGUAUAAGCCUUUUUGAGGCACUGGUUUGUGCUUACUGCACUAGAAGUUCCAAAUUAUGAGUUCAAGUCUGAGAUUAAUAAGUAUCCAAUUGUUUUCUUCCUUGUGAAGUUCAAUGUAAUUGAUAAUUCAUGGUUAGGCA